UCUCGAACAACUUUGCCAGAGUCUUUCACAUAUGUUUAGUUAUAUACUUUUGAUGGCUUACAUAGCCGUCUCUUCCUACUGUUUCUCAGUUCAAUCAAAGAUUAAAAUACUUGGAACAGGCUGUAUUGAACCUAUGCAUAAGGAACUGGAUCCGGCCCAGGGGUUCCAACCUCAACUAUCUAGAAAUUUUGCAGAGUUUGGGUAUAUUCGGACCAUAAAUACACAAUCGGCAAGCUUAACCUCUGAUAUAAAAGUCAAAAGAUUGAAAUCGAAAACGCACCAAUGGUUACCGUAUGAAGUAACAGGAAUUAUUUCUCAAUUUUCAAUAAAUGAAGCAAGCUCAGUAUUCACUAUACAUGCAUUUAUCAGUAAAAAUAAUGCCGUUACAAUGAAAGACACAACGUUUAUUGAUUCGCCUUUAAACUUGAAAUUCAGCACGUUCGCUUUCGACAGAUUACGUUAUGAAUGGUACACUAGCUUUGAGAACGGCACAACGGAGGGCAUUAGUGGAAUAGUGAGAGAAGUAAAAAUAUUAAACCCUUUGAAAAAAUUCGGUAAUGAGCAUUAUAAGCAAGUGGUGAUAAAAUUGAUUCCAUCAGAAAAGAAAAAGAUCCCAAAUCAACAUAUGAUAGAGUUCUUCAACACCAGAAAAGCUAGCAAUUCCAUUAUGAAUCGCAUUGAUUGGAAUGGACCUGAAAUAAAUGCCUGUAGAAAAUUGAAGACAGGAAGUAGAUUUCUGAAUGACUAUUUUAAUGUAAUUAUUGAAAAUGAUAUAGUAUUUUAAAAGAAUAAAGUGU